AUGCAGAGGAGUUCAAGAAUCGGAAGCGUCGUCGUUUUGUUGGUGCUGUUUUUUGUGGCUACCAGCCAUCUUGCCUUGGCCUUUACUGAUGGACUACUACUCAAUGGCAACUUUGAAUUGGCACCCAAAUCAUCGGACAUGAAAGGAACGGUUGUACUAAAACCCACUGCAAUACCAGAAUGGGAAAUUUCUGGCUUUGUUGAGUACAUUAAGGCAGGGCAAAAGCAAGGUGACAUGCUGCUAGUGGUUCCUGAGGGUUAUGCUGCCGUUAGGCUAGGAAAUGAAGCAUCAAUCAAGCAAAGAUUAAAUGUUACUCCAGGAAUGUACUAUUCGAUAACAUUUUCUGCUGCCCGUACAUGUGCACAAGACGAGAGGCUGAAUGUGUCCGUGGCACCAGAUUCUGGUGUGCUACCGAUUCAAACAGUUUAUAAUAGUGAAGGAGUCGAGGAAGAUCCAGCAUGUGGACCGCUGAUUGAUUCGAUUGCCAUUCGCGCUCUUUACCCUCCCAAACCGACUAAUCAAAACCUAUUGAAAAAUGCGGACUUUGAGGAAGGUCCAUAUAUAUUGCCUAACACAAGUUGGGGUGUCCUUAUCCCGCCUAACAUUGAGGACGAUAACUCUCCCUUACCAGCCUGGAUGGUCGAAUCUCUCAAAGCUAUCAAAUAUAUCGAUUCUGAUCAUUUCUCGGUACCACAAGGCAAACGAGCAAUUGAACUCGUUGGUGGAAAGGAAAGUGCCAUUGCACAAGUGGCGCGAACCACUGUUGGCAAAACUUAUGAGCUCACAUUUUCUGUAGGAGAUGCUAGCAACUCUUGUGAAGGAUCCAUGAUUGUUGAAGCAUUUGCCGGGAAAGACACUAUUAAGAUUCCUUAUGAAUCCAAGGGCAAAGGCGGGUUUAAACGUGCUGUGCUUCGUUUUAAAGCCGUUGCGACUAGAACCCGUGUCAUGUUCUUGAGCACUUACUACCAUACAAGCAGUAAAGACUUUGCGUCCCUUUGUGGCCCUGUCGUUGAUGACGUGAAGCUGCUGAGCGUUCGUAAUCCACGAAGACUUGUGUGA